UUCCGGCCGCCGUUGCUGUUCUGGGAGGCUGAGGCGAGAGGGAGCUUGCCGGGUGGGGAGCCGCACUCCCGUCUUUCUUUUCCUCCUCCUCAGGGUGAGGGGAGCGAAGGUUGGGGCUCCGACCCCAUGGACCGGGAGGAGGCGGAGGCCGCCGAGACCCGGGGCCCCGCCUUGUGGCCCUGAGCCCCGUGGACUUGUUCUGCCUGUCUGGAAGGCCAUGGAGAACCUGGGAAUCAAGCCAAGUGCUGCUUCCUGGAUUUUAUCAGGAUUUUUUUGGCAGACAUUUGUGAAGUGGUUGAGAAGUCUGUACCUGAUUUAUAUUUGCUUCUGCUUCAGUGCUCUGUGGUUGUCAACAGAUGCCAAGGAGAGCAGGUGCCAGCAGGUGAAGACACAAUUUGGAGUUGGCCUGAGAUCUGGGGGAGAAAAUCACUUCCGGCUUCUUGAAGGAACCCCCUCUCUCCAGUCAUGUUGGGCUACCUGCUGCCAGGACUCUGCCUGCCAUGCCUUUUGGUGGUUAGAAGGGAUGUGCAUCCAGGCAGACUGCAGCAGGCCCCAGAGCUGCUGGGCUUUUAGGACAGACUCUUCCAAUUCCAUGCUGGUGUUUUUAAAAAAAUUCCAAAUUGCAGAUGGUUUGGGCUUUCCACUUGAAGAUGAUAUUCCACAUACUCUGGGGUUAGGUUGGAGCAGGGCAUCUUGGAGGAGGCAGAGCCCACCCAGAGCUCCACUCAGAUCCACUGUGUCUUCCAGUGACCAGCAGAGCUUACUCAGGAAGCUUUGGAAGAGAGAGAGUCCCAGUGAAAAAGUGGUUACAGUGACACAACCUUCUAAAAUGAAUGUCUCCAAGGAACUAGGCGAUCUAAACACCACUGGCUCAGCAGAGGUCCAAAAAGCAGUUAAAAUUUCUAAUCACUUAACCACAAACCUGUCUGCGAAGAUUCCUGGUUGGUCGAAGAAUGUAUCAGUCCAGUCUGAGAAGUCAGAGGACUCUGGUACUAUGCCUGCCAUUCAGCAAGUAAAAAACCCUGGGGAAAUCCAGAUUUCUCCCCCUCUGCUGGUGACUCCCUCCUACAGUUAUGCUACCUCUGCCCCCCAGGCCUCUUUCCCAAGCACCUCAGCACCAGUUAUAAAGGAACUGGUGGUAUCUGCUGGAGAGAGUGUUCAGAUGACGCUUCCUAAGAAUGAAGUUCAGUUAAAUGCGUUUGUUCUCCAAGAACCACGUGAAGGAGAAACCUACACCUACAACUGGCAGCUGAUUACUCAUCCUAAAGACUACAGUGGAGAAAUGGAAGGGAAACAUUCCCAGAUCCUCAAACUGUCCAAGCUCACUCCAGGCCUGUAUGAAUUCAAAGUGAUUGUAGAUGGUCAGAAUACCCACGGGGAAGGCUAUGUGAAUGUGACAGUAAAACCAGAGCCCCGUAAGAAUCAGCCUCCUGUUGCCAUUGUAUCACCACAGUUCCAGGAGAUCUCUCUGCCAACCACUUCUACAGUCAUUGAUGGCAGCCAAAGCACUGAUGAUGAUAGAAUCGUCCAGUACCAUUGGGAAGAACUCAAGGGACCUCUGAGAGAAGAGAAGAUUUCUGAAGAUACAGCCAUAUUAAAACUAAGUAAGCUCGUCCCUGGGAACUACACUUUCAGCUUAACUGUAGUAGACUCUGAUGGAGCUACCAACUCUACCACUGCAAGCCUGACAGUGAACAAGGCCGUGGAUUACCCCCCUGUGGCCAACGCAGGCCCCAACCAAGUGAUCACUCUGCCCCAGAACUCCAUCACCCUCUUUGGGAAUCAGAGCACCGAUGAUCACGGCAUCGCCAGCUAUGAGUGGUCACUCAGCCCAAGCAGCAAAGGGAAAGUGAUGGAGAUGCAGGGUGUUAGAACACCAACCCUGCAGCUGUCUGCCAUGCAGGAAGGAGACUACACUUACCAGCUCACAGUGACUGACACAAUUGGACAGCAGGCCACCGCUCAAGUGACUGUUAUUGUGCAGCCUGAAAACAACAAGCCUCCACAGGCAGAUGCAGGCCCAGAUAAAGAGCUAACUCUUCCCGUGGAUAGCACAACCCUGGAUGGCAGCAAAAGCUCAGACGAUCAGAAAAUUAUCUCAUAUCUCUGGGAAAAAACACAGGGGCCUGACGGGGUACAGCUGGAGAAUGCUAACAGCAGUGUUGCCACUGUGGCUGGGCUGCAAGUGGGAACCUACGUGUUCACCUUGACUGUCAAAGAUGAGAGGAACCUGCAAAGCCAGAGCUCUGUGAAUGUCAUUGUCAAAGAAGAAAUAAACAAACCACCUCUUGCCAAGAUAACUGGGAAUGUGGUGAUUACCUUGCCCACGGACACGGCAGAGUUGGACGGCUCCAAGUCCUCCGAUGACAAGGGGAUAGUCAGCUACCUCUGGACUCGAGAUGAGGGAAGCCCAGCAGCAGGGGAGGUGUUAAAUCAUUCCGACCACCACCCUGUCCUCUUUCUUUCCAACCUGAUCGAGGGAACCUACACAUUUCACCUGAAAGUGACUGACGCGAAGGGUGAGAGUGACACAGACCGGACCACUGUGGAGGUGAAACCUGAUCCCAGGAAAAACAACCUGGUGGAGAUCAUCUUGGAUGUCAACGUCAGUCAGCUAACUGAGAGGCUGAAGGGGAUGUUCAUCCGCCAGAUUGGGGUCCUCCUGGGGGUGCUGGAUUCCGACAUCAUUGUGCAAAAGAUUCAGCCGUACACGGAGCAGAGCACCAAGAUGGUAUUUUUUGUUCAAAAUGAGCCUCCCCACCAGAUCUUCAAAGGCCAUGAGGUGGCAGCGAUGCUCAAGAGUGAGCUGCGGAAGCAAAAGGCAGACUUUCUGAUAUUCAGAGCCCUGGACAUCAGUACUGUCACGUGCCAGCUGAACUGUUCUGACCAUGGUCACUGUGAUUCAUUCACCAAACGCUGUAUCUGUGACCCUUUUUGGAUGGAGAAUUUCAUCAAGGUGCAGCUGAGAGAUGGAGAUAGCAACUGUGAGUGGAGUGUGUUAUAUGUUAUCAUUGCUUCCUUUGUCAUUGUUGUUGCCUUGGGAAUCCUGUUCUGGACUGUGAUCUGUUGCUGUAAGAGGCAAAAAGGAAAACCUAAGAGGAAAAGCAAGUACAAGAUCCUGGAUGCCACAGAUCAGGAAAGUCUGGAACUAAAGCCAACCUCUCGAGCAGGCAUCAAACAGAAAGGCCCGAUGCUCAGCAGCAGCCUGAUGCACUCUGAGUCGGAGCUGGACAGUGACGACGCCAUCUUCACGUGGCCCGACCGGGAGAAGGGCAAACUCCUGCAUGGUCAGAACGGCUCCGUGCCCAACGGGCAGACCCUGCUCAAGGCCAGGAGCCCACGGGAGGAGAUCUUGUAGCCACCAGGUCUGCCUCCUCAGGUUAGGGCUUGGCAGUGCCAGGGGUCCAGAGCAUUGCUAGGCUGGUUCUCAUACUUCCUGUGUCAGAGGGCAGCUGUUCUCCCAGCAUCUGCUGGUCACUUCACCCUAACAUCCUCAGCGAGAGCUGCUGGUACUUGAAUCCAGACAUUCUCCGGGAACCCCCGAAUGAAGCUGUGAACGAAGAAGUUUCCUCUUUAAAUUUGUCUGGUAGGUCCCCCAAAAUGUCCUCACCUCAGGGCCUCCUUUUUUGCAAACCCUUCCCCUGCUCUGAGAAUGGCCGCCGCCAGCUCUUGGCCUCCUCUCCCAGCUCCCUGUUGGUAAGGUUGCUGCUCCUGGGGCGGCUGCACAGAGAGGCCUGGCUGUAUCCCUCACAUCUGGGUACAGAACCAAGCACCACCAGCCUUCUGGCUCCAUAAGCCUGUGUGCAGGUGUGUUCUUUGCUCUCUUCUUUGGGAUGGAGUCUCCCCUCUCACUAGGCCCAGAGGAAGUGGUGCCCCCUCCUCACCACUGACGCUGGGCUGGUGUCUGGCCCAAGGAUAGGGAAGGGCUACUGUUUCAAGAAUGGAGAGGGCCCCUCUUGCUGCUGGGCUGUUGUGUCAGAGCAGCCAGGCUGGACACAGACUGCCACCCCUCUUCCUUCUGGCCACCCUGGCUGGCUCAGGCCACUACUCCCUGUGCCCAGAGGGAACAGCCACAAAUAGACUAGAAUAUUAAGGCAUGAGAGUGCAUGUGUGUGACUGCUCACUUGAUGUCCGUUUGUGUGUCUUUUCUCUGUAUCCCCUAGCAUGGGUGUGUGUGUGUGUUGGAGGGUGUGUGUGUGUGUGUUGGAGUGAGUGUGUGUGUGUGUUGGAGUGAGUGUGUGUGUGUUGGAGUGAGUGUGUGUGCAUCAACUCCUCCUAGGGUUCUUGGCAACCUUGAACUGGAAAGACUCAUCUCCUUGGAACAGAGACUUCCUGAAUCCCUCUGGCCCUGUCACUGGUUCCUCAGCCAUGGUAUCUAGACGUUGAGGAAUGGGAGCUUCGGGGGAGUGGCUUUUUAAAAAGAAACUUACAGUUUAUACUACUGCACUAUUAUCUGUUGUGAGAUGAUUAAACCUGCUAUUUAA